AUGCACUUGCCCCCGUUAGAUGUUGCAGUUUAUCCUGUUGUCGCCAUGAGCCGCGGUACAUACUCUGUUCGGCCUACUCGCCCUUCUUCAACUGUCUCCUCGUCAUCUUCCUCGUCGGCAUCAUCACGGACUUGUACUGCUACGCCCGAUUUUCCCAGCAUACAGAAGGCCAUCCGUACUGUCUUCCGCUCCUCCAGGAUCACGGUCCAGCAAGCAGAGCAUCUUCAAGGGCGGCUCCAUCAAGUCUACCUCACAAAGCUCACCGACAGCGGCUUACUCGUCAUAAAAUGCCCUCCAUCACACAACACUCGUCUACUACGACACGAAAAGCAUUUGCUAGAAACUGAAAGUAAAACACUCGAAACACUCCAUGAAUACACACAGAUCCCUGUUCCCCAAAUCAUCAAGUAUGACAAGCAGGGUGGACCACUAGGCUCACCCUUUAUCAUGAUGAACUAUAUUCCAGGCCGCAGACUCUCCGACCUAUCGCCUUAUCUCACAGCCAGCCAGCGAAAUACCAUUGACCGAACACUUGGCACUCACGUUCGCGCUCUCACAGGACUGUCAGCAACGCAGUUCGGCAUGACACACCGUGUAUUUGCCAAGAAAGGCAGCGACUCAUGGCGUGAGGCUUUCCUCGCACUACUCGAAGCCGCACUACGCGAUGCUGAAGAUAUGCUCGUUACCGUUCCCUACGACAGUAUCCGGUACUAUGUCGGCAAGCACGCUCACUUGCUGGAAGAAGUCAAAGAGCCGCGCCUUGUAGCUCUGCAUGCAUGCGACCCGACAAACGUCCUCAUUGACGAGACAACAAAGCAAGUUACCGGUCUCGUGGGCUUCUCUCACGUCAUCUGGGGUGAUCCGCUUAUGACUGGUGGCAUAGCGGAUGGGAGUGCGGCAUUUUUUGAGGGGCUAGGAGAGUGCCCUAUCAAAAUGGGUGGAGUCAAAGCGAGGAUGUCGAUGUACACGGUAUACAGAGCGACUGUAUGCAUUGUCGCGCAUCACUACCGACCACACUUUGGGAGCGAUGAGCUUGGAGCGCGUCGCGAUCUGAGCUAUGCGCUUAACGACCUCGCGGCCAUGUAA